AUGGCAGGUAUACCAAAGUCGAGAUCGAACGGCCUCACAUUCGAGAACAAGCGUGCAGAUGAGCUUGAAGGCGAGAAGAAGUGCGACUGCGAAGGUGGAGUUGUGCAGGAGCUGACGACCUGGGUCUUCUGUGUCGACUGCGUGACGUGGCAUCAUGUGACCUGUCAGCUCGGGAAAUCGACACAAUUUGGCAAGAAGCAGGCCGAGCUGGGAUUCAUCUGCCGCGCUUGCAGGACCGUCAACCGCAGCGCCAAUGCGCGGAAGGGCUACCAUGCGAGGCUGCAGAACUCGGGUGCCGGAAAGAAGUCUUCGGCCUCGAGCAUCAAGCGCCGCCAUUCAGCUUUUGACGACUCAGUAGGGGGCAAACGCAAGACGGCGCCGCGUAAGGCUACUAUGGCGCCCAGGAAAUCCGCUCCAUCCUCGUCUGACCCCGUUGAGGCAGAAGAUGAAGACGACGAUGACAACGAUGAGAUCGUGGUCAGCAGUCCGGCCAUCAAGCAAGAAACAUCGGGCAGACGUAGGUCAUCAAGACAUAUCAUGACCAAGCUCGAGGAGUUGGCUGCCAAGAUUGGUGAUCCUUUGGAGGAGUGGAGGAAAGGUAUCAACUCUCCGCCCGAGGUUCUGUGUGACUGUGAGGGCAGCCCAGCUGGUAAACUCAGUGGGUAUAUGACGUGUGCUAGAUGCGCUCGUCUGCAGCACGAGCACUGCAUGCCAGUCAAGAAGGAUGAUCCGAUUGGUGAAGGCCUACUCUGCAUCGAGUGUCUUGGCGCUCGCAAAGAGGAUGCCGCUCGCAUCGAGCGCGAGAAAGACCGUCUGAUCAGGCAGAAGCUUACUCGGCUUCACAAAGAGUGGGAGGAAGCCAUCGCCACUCGCCGUACCAGUCUGCGCAACACCGUCGCCAAUCGCUUCUGGAUCGAGUACUGUAACUUGCCGAACAGCCAACAAGCCAACAAUGCUGUCAAGGAACUCACAGCCACAUACUACGACGAGGCGGUGAGCAAGCUUUUGCCCACUCAUCCUGCCCCCGCCGCUUGGGUCGAUCGAGUGGUGGACGACAUCUACAGGCUUAUCAGCAAGGAGAACAAGCAGCUUGUGAAGCAAGUCCACGGGCGCGAUACGCGUGCUUUUCAUUCCACGGAGCCUGAGCACUUUCGCAGAAGCUUGAAUGCCCUCGCUGUUCUGACUGUGCAUCAUGGUUUGUACGAGGGUAGCAAUGAGAAGCUGGGUUUGCUGGCUGAGGUGCUCGGGUUGGAGGAGAAGGGGAGCGUGUGGAAGGUUUGA